AAUGGAUUCAGUAUUUCUUUUGCAAAUGACUACUCCCGGUCAGUUUGGGCAAUCACAACAAAAAAAUAGCAGACGACACGACACGCCAGUUUUUAUUUUAUUUUGUGACGUUUAAAGUAGACCUGUGUAAAGAAAACGUAACGACAUGGAUGAUAAUCAACUAGCAGAUAUUACUGGCGAAAACCAACAAUCUCAACAGACUAAACAUUAUAACGAAAAUUCGAACAAUAACAACAUAAGUGACAUUGUUAUACAGCAACACCCCGGCGACGAGAUUAUUUCUCAGCAAAUGGAUAGCUUACACAGUGAAACAUCUAUAUUUACUACUGAAAAUUCCAAUUCAUUGAAUGUUUCGGUGGAUGAACUGCCUGGUAAAAUAUUAAUAUCCCCGGAUGUUACAAAAAAUUCCUUGACACAAAGUGCCCAGCAGAUAAUAGAUGAUCUUAACGCUAAGAGAAAACAAGAUACACAGUUACUUAGUAAUAUUAAAAAGGCUUUAGAAGCCCAGAAUGAGAAGAUGUGUAAGUCAAUAGAACAGCAUCUAUUCCAAGUGUAUGAAACCCAAGGAAAAGAAGUACAAGAUAAACUGCAAGAACUAUUUGGAGUUAUCGACCGAAUAUCCCGAGUUGAAACUGAACUACAAGAGUUCAAACAGGCUCUUCAAAUAUUAUACAAAGAUAUGACAGAUUAGAAGAAAUUAAUAUUUUGUUGACUGUACUUUUCAAAGCUCUGUGAUUUUAUAAAUUAUUCAUAUGUCGGCCAAAAACUGAUCGGAAAUUUAUUUUUUCAUGUGGAUUUCAGUGGGUCUUAUAUGUCGUAAUACCUCGGCGUAAUGAAGUUGAUCUUCUCCAAAUAUAAUAAUAAUGUCCUCGGUCAGUUCAUAAUUUAAUAUUACUACGGACUUUUAUACACACUUAUAUUAGUAAUUGUUCUUAUAGUGUUGCUUAUAGUUUAUUACACUAUGCCUAUGUUAAGUUUCUUCCAAUAAAAAACAGCUAAUCAGUGUUACAACA